AUGGAGUGCGCCCUCCUGCUCGCGUGCGCCCUCCCCGCCGUCCGCUCGGGCCCGCCUUGGGGGCCCGCGGGACGGGGGCGCGUGGCCCAGGCGCUCCAGCUGUGCUGCCUCUGCUGUGCGUCGGUCGCCUCAGCCUUAGCCAGUGACAGCAGCGUGGUCGGCGGCGGCAGCGGAUUAAACCAUGAUUACGUCUUUGUCACGCCGGUUGAAGUGGACUCGGGCGGGUCAUAUAUUUCCCACGACAUUUUGCACAGCGGCAGGAGAAAGCGGGCGGCGCCGAGUGCCAGCAGCUCCCUGCAUUACCGAUUUUCAGCAUUUGGACAGGAACUCCACUUAGAACUUCAGCCCUCGGCGAUUUUGAGCAAUCACUUUAUUGUCCAGGUACUUGGAAAAGAUGGUGCUUCAGAGACUCGGGAACCCUCGGUGCCCAGGUGUUUCUAUCAGGGAUUUAUCAGAAACGACAGCUCGUCCUCUGUCGCUGUGUCUACAUGUGCCGGCUUGUCAGGUCUAAUAAGGACACGAAAAAAUGAAUUCCUCAUCUCACCAUUACCUCAGCUCCUGGCCCGGGAACACAACUACAGCUCCCCCGCCGGCCACCAUCCUCACGUGCUGUACAAAAGGACGGCUGAGGAGGAGGUCCAGCGUUGCCAUGGCUACCUGAGCUCCAGCCGGAACGAUGCUGGACACCCCCCAAGUCACACUCCCCAUCCAUCUUGGGGGCCAGAAGGAGCGCAUCAACCUGGAAGGUUGCAAAAGCAGCAUUUUUGUGGACGACGCAAGAAAUACACCCCUCAACCGCCCACCAAGGACACCUAUCUCAGGUUCGAUGAAUAUGGGAGCACGGGACGGCCCCGAAGAUCAGCUGGAAAGUCACAGAAAGGCCUAAAUGUGGAAACCCUUGUGGUAGCAGACAAGAAAAUGGUGGAAAAGCACGGCAAGGCCAAUGUCACCACGUACAUUCUCACGGUCAUGAACAUGGUUUCCAGCCUCUUCAAAGAUGGGACCAUUGGAAGUGAUAUCAACAUUGUUGUGGUGAGCCUCAUUCUUCUGGAAGAAGAACCUGGAGGAUUACUGAUCAAUCAUCAUGCAGACCAGUCUCUGAAUAGUUUUUGUCAGUGGCAGUCUGCCCUCGUUGGAAAGAACGGCAAGAGGCAUGACCACGCCAUCUUACUCACGGGAUAUGAUAUCUGUUCCUGGAAGAAUGAACCCUGUGACACUCUAGGGUUUGCUCCCAUCAGUGGAAUGUGCAGUAAGUACCGAAGUUGUACCAUCAAUGAAGAUACAGGGCUUGGCCUGGCCUUCACCAUUGCUCAUGAGUCAGGGCACAAUUUCGGCAUGAUUCACGACGGAGAGGGCAACCCCUGCAGGAAAGCUGAAGGCAAUAUCAUGUCUCCCACGCUGACAGGGAACAAUGGGGUGUUUUCCUGGUCUUCCUGCAGCCGGCAGUAUCUCAAGAAAUUCCUUAGUACCCCUCAGGCUGGGUGUCUGGUGGAUGAGCCCAAGCAAACAGGACAGUAUAAAUAUCCGGAGAAACUGCCAGGACAGAUUUAUGAUGCUGACACACAGUGCAAGUGGCAGUUUGGAGCAAAAGCCAAGUUAUGCAGCCUUGGUUUUGUGAAGGACAUUUGCAAAUCACUUUGGUGCCACCGAGUGGGCCACAGGUGUGAGACCAAGUUCAUGCCUGCAGCGGAAGGGACCGUUUGUGGCUUGAGUAUGUGGUGUCGGCAAGGUCAGUGUGUCAAGUUUGGGGAGCACGGGCCUCGGCCUGUCCACGGCCAGUGGUCCGCCUGGUCGAAGUGGUCAGAAUGUUCCCGAACGUGCGGUGGAGGCGUCAGGUAUCAAGAGAGACACUGCAAUAACCCCAAGCCUCAGUAUGGUGGCAAGUUCUGUCCUGGUUCUAGCCGUGUAUAUCAGCUGUGCAACAUUAACCCUUGUAAUGAAAAUAGCUUGGAUUUUCGAGCUCAGCAGUGCGCAGAAUAUAACAGCAAACCUUUCCGUGGAUGGUUCUACCAGUGGAAACCCUAUACAAAAGUGGAAGAGGAAGAUCGAUGUAAACUGUACUGCCAGGCCGAGAACUUUGAAUUCUUCUUUGCCAUGUCCAGCAAGGUGAAAGAUGGAACUCCUUGCUCCUCAGACAAAAGUGAUGUUUGUAUUGAUGGGAUUUGUGAACCAGUGGGAUGCGAUCAUGAACUUGGUUCUAAAGCAGUCUCAGACGCAUGUGGUGUUUGCAAAGGUGAUAAUUCAACUUGCAAGUUUUAUAAAGGCCUGUACCUCAACCAGCAUAAAGCAAAUGAAUAUUACCCGGUCGUCACCGUCCCAGCGGGCGCCCGCAGCAUCGAAAUCCAGGAACUGCAGAUUUCCUCCAGUUACCUCGCCGUCCGAAGUCUCAGUCACAAGUAUUACCUCACAGGGGGCUGGAGCAUCGACUGGCCAGGGGAGUUCGCCUUUGCAGGGACCCUGUUUGAGUACCAGCGCGCCUUCAACCGCCCCGAACGCCUGUCUGCACAGGGACCCACCAAUGAGACGCUGGUCUUUGAGAUUCUGAUGCAAGGCAAAAAUCCUGGGAUAGCUUGGAAGUAUGCACUUCCCAAGGUCAUGAAUGGAACUCAGCCAGCCUCCAAAAGACACAUCCAUGCCUGGAGCACCGUGUAUUCCGAUUGUUCCGUCACCUGCGGUGGAGGUUACAUAAGUGUCAAGGCCGUUUGCUUACGAGAUCAAAACAUUCCAGUCAAUUCCUCAUUCUGCAAUGCAAGAGCCAAGCCAGCAACUGAACCCCAAAUGUGCAAUGCUUUUUCCUGCCCUGCCUACUGGAAGCCAGGUGAAUGGAGUGUGUGCAGCCGGUCAUGUGCCGGGGGGCAGCAGAGCCGGAAGGUCCAGUGUGUCCAGAAGAAGCCCUUCCAGAAGGAGGAAGCGGUACUCCAUUCUCUCUGCCCAGUGAGCACACCCACUCAGGUCCAAGUCUGCAACAGCCAUGCCUGCCCUCCAGAAUGGAGCCUUGGGCCCUGGUCUCAGUGUUCUAAGACUUGUGGGCGAGGGGUAAGGAAGCGUGAAGUCUUGUGUAAAAGUCCCGCCACAGCAGAGGGCGCCCCUGAGAGCCUGUGCACCAGCACCCCAAGACCAGAAUCGCAGGAGGGCUGCGUCCUGGGAAGAUGCCCCAAGAACUCCCGGCUCCAGUGGGUCGUCUCUUCGUGGAGUGAGUGUUCUGCCAGCUGUGGUUUGGGUGUGAGGAAGAGAGAAAUGAAAUGCAGCGAGAAGGCCUUCCAGGGCAAGCUGAUAACUUUCCCCGAGCGAAGGUGCCGCAACAUUAAGAAACCAAGCCUGGACUUGGAAGAAACCUGCAACCGAGGGGUGUGUCCAGCCCGUCCAGUGUACAACAUGGCAGCUGGGUGGUACUCAUCGCCAUGGCAACCGUGCACCGUGACCUGUGGAGGAGGGGUCCAAACCCGAUCAGUCCACUGUAUUCAGCAGGGCCGGCCUUCCUCAAGUUGCCUGCUCCGGCAGAAACCUCCAGUGCUACGAGCCUGUAAUACAAACUUUUGUCCAGCUCCUGAAAAGCGAGAGGAUCCAUCCUGUGUAGAUUUCUUCACCUGGUGCCAUCUCGUUCCUCAGCAUGGUGUCUGCAACCACAAAUUUUACGGUAAACAGUGCUGCAAGUCAUGCACGAGGAAGAGCUGAUCUUGACUCCCUCCCAGCCCCGAAAGGGCCAGGGUCUUACCUCUCAGUCUCCAGAGGCACCAGCCACCUUUCCAUCAAGAGCUGAACUCUGCACAGCACUCAUGAGCAGACCGCAGUGUCAGAAGCGCCCGGCUUGUCAGGCCCCCAAAGCACAUGGUACUCAGAAGCACUUGAAAACGAGAAGCGACGACACAUCUGACUUACAAAAGCGUAAAACAAAAAUGCAACAGUUUUGAUUUGCACUGUUACACGGAAGAAGUGAUGACUCGCGAUGAGACAAAACAAAUUUUAGUUUUGACAAAGUGAGACUCCGGUCAACGCUGGGACGGACCCUCCCCCUGAAAACUUCAGAGGGUUCUAUGACCACCACAUCUGUUUUGAAAAGGUCAUUUAAGACUUCAAGUCAAAGACUGAGACUUGGAGCAAUGAAAUGUGGAUCGAAUACGCUGCCUAACUGUUCCUUGGAGCUCACAGUUUGACCAAAAACUGUGGACACUGCAAACCAGGAGUUAUACAGAUGCCAAAUGGUGCUCGUGACUGCGCUUGCUGCUGGACUAGCAAGCUUCAUGUCCUGUUUAUUUGGGGCGUGUGUGUGUGUGUGUGUGUGUGUGUGUGUGUGUUCUGUAUUAUUUUGUUUAAAGUAUAUUCUGCUUAUAGAGAGUCUCCAAGACCAAAAUUCACAAUUGGAAAAGUGUUCCAAGGAAUAUUCUGAAAACAGGGCAACACAGUCUAGUUAAGACAUCUAUUUAAUUGCAAUUCACAUUCUGGAGAAAAGAAACAAAAUUCAAAACUCAUAUGGAAGGCAAACAUUGGUGCCCUACACAGGAAUCGACCUCAUAAUUUUUGGUGCUAGCUGAACAAGUACACAGGAGCCUCAAGUCCCUUCUUUGGGAAUCGGAAUUCGUGAGAUGUUCAUUUCCAGUAAAAAUCCAAGAGGAGCUAAAUAGCAGAAUAGCCUUGUUUUGAAGGAGAGGAGACCAGCAUUUAUAAGGCUCCCCACCUAUUAUCAGAGAUGCUUGGAAAAUUAAAGGCCACUUGUGGUUUUCUGCUACCAGCUGACAUGUUUAAAUUUGCCCUAAGAUUUAGUUAACAAGAAAAGAAUCAGUGGCAGUAGAAAAAUUCAUGUUUUCUUUCUAUGUGAAUAUUAAUAAAUCAUAAUAUGCCUCAACCCUUUAAGCAGUAAGAGUGCUUUAUGAUCUUUCAGAUGGCAUUUUCAGUCCUCAGAAGCCAGCUGCUGGUAGGCACUAAUGAGCUUAAAAUUGUUCUCAAUUGGAAAAACACCACACUAUUUUGCCAAAACCAAAGUAACUUGCAAGACUGUGUCCUUCUGUAGUUUUUGUGAAAUGUGGUUAUAAAGGGCAUAUUUAUAUAAUUCUACUCUAUUCCUCAAUUUCUUUGAUGAAUGUAACCCAAUUUUACUGCUUUAAAAGUCUCAAUUCAAACAGGGAUUUGCCAGCUCAGCACAACCAACGAGACAGUGGUUGGUUAAAUUUAGAGCAUCCUUUGUUCCGUACUAACUGAAAUCAUGCAUUCUCAAAUCUCAGAAAUAAUGAUUAGAAUAUUCUCUCUGUCUCCUUGGCUUGGCCUAGAGUAGGGGCCAAGUUGUCAUUUAAAAAAAAAAAAAGUUCCGCAUCACCGCCCUUUGUCCCUCUGAUAAAUUGCAAGUUCUUUGUUUCUUUAUAUAAUU